AAACUGAGGAUGGUAUUCAUCGUUAGCGUGAGGAGCUCGUUCUAAAAAAGUGGAGCGUCAUAACGCCGCGUCAUCGCUCCCCUCAUCUCAUUUAACCACCUCGGCGCGGAGGAUCUUGCUGGAGGCGUCGUUGCUCUCGAUCCAAGCAGAGACGUCCGCGGGCAUGGGCGGGUUUGCUUCCUCGUCUGACUGCAGUGCCGGCAACUUGGCGACGAUCUCCGCGGGGCUCAGGGCGCCCAGCACUGUGUUCUUCACUAGUACGAUGGCGUUCACGAAGUCGCCCUUGGCGCCGUGGGUCACGAAGCGGUGUUCCACGUAGAAAGCACGCUUGUCCCAACAGAUGAGUCGUGACCGCAUCGUGUAGGCCUGCCCGAAGGACAGCUCGCGGCGGUAGCGCACGGUCUGCGAGCCUACCACGAGGUUGCCGCCUGCAGCAGUCACCACCUUCCACACGCCGUUGUGCUGUCGCGCCAAUACACAGAGAGCACAGGAUGAGUCUACUUCUUCUCCACUUCGUACCCGGACUGCACUCAAAAGCCAACUACUUGCGUACCUGCCACAGAUCGCGUCGUCCAAAGCCACACUCACGCAAGAAGCGCGCGUUGUUACAGUGUCCAUUGCGGUCGAUAUCCAUGAGUCCAAUGCGGCCUUCGACCUUGCUUACAGCAAAUAAGUGCUUGCGAGGUCCACGAGGUGCAGGCAUGAUCGAGUUGAGCCCCAUGCGCAGGAAAUACCAGAAGUCACAGAAGGCGAAGCUUGAGAGCGCGCCAACGCCCAGCGCUGUGGCGCCGCUCGCUCCGCCCACAAAAUAGGCCAAGGCAGACACGGCCGUCGGUGGUAGCGUCAGCAGCAUGAACGCCAGCACCUUGCGAGACACCACCAUGAUAGGCGACGGCAAUUUAGGAAGUGGUCCCGGCACAAAAUGAUGCACUAGUUGUCUAUCAUUUUGCAACAGCCAAAUUAUGUAUGGUGUUUCGUACACUAAGUUUGAAGUUGGCGCCAACGUCGCUCAUUGGCUGUAACUCCAUUUGGUCUAAAAGGAGUGAUGGAGACGCAGGCUCGCGCGCUGGAGGAGGAGGUGCGGCAGCUAUGCGAGCAGGAGCAGACCAAGCAGACGACGCUGCUCAAGCAGCGACUGUAUAGCCGGGUGGGCCAGUUCCUCAUGGGCAGUCUGGACAUGCGCCACUGGUGGUGCGGCUACUCGCCGCUUAUGAUCUUCAUGAUGCGCGUGCUGGAGCUAUAUCCGUCGUCUGAGAGCGUCUGCGUCUUUUACAAGAGGAUGGAACAGCAGCUCGGCAGCUGUCGUAAAUGUGUGGAUAUCUAUCACGCGUCCAUGUCGAGCGUCCACGUGGAACUGGAGUAUGAGUUCACGCCCGAGUCCAUCAAGGCGUUCUUCGUCAAACUACAAGGUCUGGAUGCUGAUCGAAUCCAGCGCCAGCUGACAGAUAAGUCCAUGUGCUUGGCCAGUGCUCGCGAGGAGACGUCGGAGGCUGUAGCCCUCACGCUGUACGAGGUGCUCACUCAACGACGACUGCUGUCAGACUUCCGUAUUGUGCGGGUGUUAUCGAAGUGGGUUUCGUCUCGAUUGGCCAAUGUGAAAGAAAAUCAAAGCUUGGAGAACCUUCGCGGCUGUGCUGGUCUGUAUCAAUUACUGGUGUCACCCGACUCUGCAGUGAGAGAAUGGGCCCAGGGUAUGGUAACGCACUUCGGCAAAAUCCAGCUUACUGGCGAUAAUGGCGGAGACAAGUAUUUCCUCGAUGUGAUGGAAGAGUGGAUGUACGUACUGGAAAAUGAAGCAUUCAACAAACAUGUGCUGUCGUUGGACCUGAGAACGACAGAAGAUCUUCAGGAUUUCUUCGAGCCGACAAAUUGUGUCAAGACCCCAACCAAACAGAGACUGUGGUCUGCACUGGACCAUGUCAUGCAGCAAAUGGAUGUUCACAGCCUGGAAACAAUGCUAGACUCCUUCGACACGAUCCCGGACUUAGUCUUCAACUUUCUGCAGGACGCAGACGCAGCAGGAGACCAGGCAAUUACAUUGGUGGUUUCUAAGUGUUUCGCAGUUCUCUUACGCUGUCUUGGGCAUCGAUUUUGGAAUCACUGCGUGCACUCCCCAGCAAUCGUGCUGGAUGUGGUCAUGCAACAUUGCCGUCUCGAGUCAUGGCGUGUGCAUGUUACAAAACAGUUUAUUGAGCUCUUGCCACCGCUGCUUGUGGCUAUGCGGCCGCCUCAAAUCUCUGUCCAAGCGUCCAAUCAAGAUAAACUCGACUUUUAUUUGAAGGCACGCAGCGAAAUCUUACAAUUUUUAAUUAUUGAGGAUCAACGCCCAACGCAUUUUAACGCAAUUAUCAUGGUGGCAAUGUCAAGAGCGGCAUUUACCAUUUUAAACGACUGCUAUGAACACCGAAUGUCCGGGUCCGUAAAAACGAAGCGUGGGAGUGGACGAGAUGAAGGUGCGCUGUCGGAGUCAAUUUCUAUCGACUACUCAGUCUCUGAGAGCGCAUUCUGGUGGCCGUGUGGAUCGGGAGACAACAAUGUGCAGUUGGGGAAGCUGUGGAUGGAUCACUUGUUUAACGUUGUGGUAAGACCGUCCAAUGUCGAGUCACUUGUGGACUUGGCAGCAGAGACGACUGCUCUCAUAUUGAGCAAACAUUUACAGCUGGCUCGCGAUGUUGUAUACUCGAGCAUUGUUGCGAACAACGGUAAAGAUUCAGCAUCGGUUGACACUGUCACGAAGGGGAAGCCAAUCAUCACAGAUCUACUGAGAAAACUAUGCUCGUGGGGAACGGUCACAACAAUUCCACUUCAAGUUCAUGGGGCACUAUUCGAGUCAAUUGGAGGAAUUUCUGAAUUGCUGAACGGUGUCGAGGCUCAAAUUAACUCCAGUGAUCAGCUCAAACACAUUGCGGAUAAUUUACGGAUAUACGAAGCCCAGACUCAGCAAUAUCUCCAGCGAAUGUGCGAUGAAGUGUUGUUAAAAGGCUUAGCCAACCCAUUUGGCUUUCCUGUGGUGUCUCAACACAUCAGUGCUUGCUAUCUGAGUCCGACAAGUACUACAAAUCAGCAAGUGAAGAGGUUAAUUGGAAAAUAUGCCGCCGACAAGAGAAACCCGACGCAAGUGCCUUCUCCGCUGGAAGCUCUUCUCAUUUCUGUUCACCGAAAUGCUGAAGCGUUCUUACGUGGCCAGCUGUCCAUGCUCCAGUCGAUGCGUCUCUAUGGUUUCUCACAUGCAGUCUGUUUGCCUGUCGUGAAGAAGCUGAUUUUCGUAUGGUCCCGAGUAUUCGACAUGUUGGGCAGUGAUCUGGAGAAAGCUUUUCAAAAAGCAUCGAAUGCGAAAGCUGUGGCCAUAUCAUUGCACCAAGUGACGGAUACUGGUAUCGCAGCUGCACAUUUGCUGAAGCUUCCCAGCUUGAUCAAUGAUUUUUUGAUCGCACUAUUGACAGCGCUGUUUGACCCGAAGACAAAACUUACAGUGGAGAUCACGGAAGCAACACGAGUGCAAUGUCUCGAUUUCGGGAUUUCGUUCUGGAAAUUCUGGAUGUCAGUAUUGAAAGAUCCGAGUGUGUCCAGCAAGCGUGUAACAGGGAUUAUUAGCCCGUUGGUUGAGUGUAUAGCACGGGGAUCAUCGUCUGAGAAUAAGCGAGCGGCUGAGUUGUUAAUGACGGUGCUGGGAUGCCUUUUGAAAGGUAGUACUCGACUGGAUGAAGUCACGCUUUCUAUGGUCGACAGUAUAAAGGGCGAAGCAGCGGCAAUCGAGUCCAAACAAUCCACUGACUUUGGCCGUAUGACCAAGAAGUUCCGUCAACUAGACCAAACCUCAAACUUCUUCACCAAGCGCUCGACAGAAUCAAGUGGCAUGAAGGAUUUUGUAGACUUGACCUCACGAUCGAAAUCUAAACUCCCGCCGAAGUCUAGGGGCUCUGCAAGCAUGUUCAGUUCUCGACCGAUGAGCGGGAAGUCAGCGGCUAGAGCUCAAAGCAGCGCGUUGGUUGAUCUCACUGGUAUCGAAGAAGUAUCGAAUGAAGCAGCAGCUAGAAAGCAACACAGCUUCUACUCUGAAGAAGAGUACCGCUUACCCCCGAAGAGAGCACCUUCUCCCAUGGAGCUGGCGUCGAAAGCAAAGACUCCAUUUGAUAUGGCGCAAGUCAUUAAGGGCAUUUCACAUUCGCACCCUGGAUCAAACAAGACAGUUCAACCGAAGCGAUUAACGCAGCAGACCAACGUGGAGGGGCAACCACAAGAGGAGGAGGAGGAAGAGGAUACCGAUAUGCGCUUCGCCGCACUUUUCCAUCGGAUCAAAACGACACGAAAACCCAUCGCAGUUUGCUCUCUGCUGCCAUUUUAUCGACAGUUGCUUCAAGUCUGCAUGCCUGUUCUUUUGUCUGAAGAGUUCCAAAAUGAGCGAUCGGAUAAGGAGCUACAAGCGCCUGGUUUAAGCUUCAAGAAAAGUGCUGAGUAUGUCCGAGCUUUCCUGCCCCUGAUGGUGGAAGAAUGCAAUAACGAAGUUCAAGAGGGACUUCGAAAAUGCUCUUACGGUAAUGGAGGGCACCUAUUGCGCUAUGAAUCCGAAAAGCCUCGAGAAGGAAUGCGAUGCAUUAGCUUCAGUAUUGUCCAGAAAGAUGAAGGAUUGCUAGCAAGCUCCCAGUCAAAAUUUGGUGGCAAGGGGCGAAGAGGCUUCAAUGAGAAGCUGUUCAGAAACGGGGAUGUAGUUCUUUUGCAAAUUGCAGUGGGAAGUCAAAACCAGAGUGGAUUUAUGGGCAAACGCGAGUUUUUAGGAGUCAUUUUGAUCAGCGAGACGGAAAAGGGACGGAGGCAAACUUCCUCGACGAAAAAGAGCAGCAAGAACGAAGAAGAAGAAUCCGUAAACGUUCUCUUCUUGAACGACGGGGAGCUGGACAAUGCAACUGCGAGCGUACGCUCGUUUUCAACUGAAGUGCUGGCAGCCAGUGCAAUCGCCGAUACGGAAUGGAAGGUGAAUCCACUCUGUAAUUUGGUCACGUCCACGCGUGAGUACACCGCGCUUCGGUCUGUUGAUAUGCUUCCCGAGCACUUGAGAACAGCUAUCCUCACACCAGAAACAUACAAGUCGACGCAGUCGGAGCUAAUUACCAUCACGUUUGUAUUGGAUGAGCUACGUGGGGACAAAUCAAGCGAAAGUCACGGAAAGAUCGUGAAGCUUCUCAAGCGCUUGGAUAAAAUGGACGUGAUGCUGACAGAUUUGAGGUCUACCAGUAUAGGAAAAGCUGUGAACAAGCUGCGCAAGCACGAUGAUGCAGAAAUCAAGGCUCUUUCCAACAAACUGAAAAGAAAGUGGACUGACCUCAUGGAUAAGAAGGACACAUUGGAGCGUUCUCCUCGCUUUCUGUCACCCGAACUUUGGGAAGCAAUUAAGCCCCAGUACAACUCAUCCCAGCUGCAGUCUAUCCACAGUGUGCUGAAUAAUUACAGCAUGGGUGUAUCUCUGCUUCAAGGACCACCAGGAACAGGCAAAACGAAAACGAUUAUGGGUCUGCUAAGCGGAUUGUUGUCAUUACGGCUACCAGCUACUGCAGUGAUGCCGAUGGUAAGCCCCAAAACGAGCCCUAAUGCUCAGAGCGGAGACUUCAAGAACUUUGAGGCUGCACGGUCUCGUCGGGUGAAGGUUGAACAACCCGGUGGGAAGGCACCAUCGCCACAGGCUGCAACGACGACGUUUUCCUUGAGUGGAGUAACAUCUGCACUUGGGAGUAUCCUUCGCCGCUCUUCCGACUCUUCUUCUACCGGACCAAGUCGAACAUCCAUUCAGGCACUCAAGAACGCAGAGUCAUCACGCAGUCGACUGGAGAGUAAGUUAUCGUCUCGGACGCACCAUUCAAGUUCAAACUUGGUGGUAAAGCGUCGUAUUAUCUCAAGAGCAGCGUCGGAGCGUUCAGCGAGUCGAACGAACAAUAUUCUUCUGUGUGCGCCAUCCAACGGUGCAGUCAAUGAACUGGUGUUGCGAAUCGUUACUGACGGACUGAUGGAUAGCUCUGGGAAGGUUACCAAGGUCCGAGCGCCGAGUGUGCAUCCAGAGGCUCUCACAGAAGAGUUCAUCUCCAUUGUUCGUCUUGGAAAUGCGGGCGAGGACGCGUCAGAAAUCGUUAAUUCUGUGUGUUUGCCACACAUUAUCCGGCGAGAAAUGGCCAUCCAUCCGAAGGCAAUGCAGCUACACUCGCUCCAAGACACUCAGCGACAACUGCGCAGCUCCAUCCGUGACUUUCACAACAAAGCAGAAGAGGAUACUGGACAAAAGAAGGACCGAAAAGCUCUAGCCAAGAUGCACCAACAGCUAACGGAAUGCUCCGGUAAGAUCCGACGCUUGCGCGAUGAAGUGACUGCGAUUCGAGCGAAAAUGACGGAGACGAUUUUGUCCAAGGCAAGCAUCAUUGCUUGCACGCUGUCAAAGGCUGGAAGUGGCGAUUUCUCGGAACUAAAGCACGGCUUUGACGCCCUCAUUAUCGACGAAGCAGCACAGGCAGUGGAGCUCAGCACUCUUGUUCCUAUCCGGGAGCGAGUAGCUCGCGUUGUUCUGGUCGGCGAUCCAAAACAGCUGCCUGCUACAGUGAAAAGCGUUGUGGCAGCGAAGGCGCGAUACGAUCGGUCACUGUUUGAACGGAUAGCGGAGAGUGGAGUGGCACCGUCGAUGCUUCGAGUGCAGUACAGAAUGCAUCCUUUCCUACGGGACUUCCCGUCUAAGAGGUUUUACGGGGGAAUGCUGACCGAUGGACCUAGCGUGAUGGAGCGAGUCCAGAAGGUCUGUCCUGGUGUAUACGCACGGACAAGCUUUCAACCUUUCUUGCUGUACGAUGUUGAGAAUUCAAGGGAAGAAGACAUGAGCGGAUCCAAGUACAACCGUGUGGAGGCAGCAUUCUGCGUCAGUUUGUGUCAGAAUAUGUUCGAAACCUGUGCAGACGUGCGUAACAACAAGUGGAGCGUUGGUUUCGUGUCGCCUUACAAGGAACAAGUGCGUGUACUUCGACAAGAGAUCACGCGAUCGGGAAUCCCUGCGAGUGUUUCGAUCGAAGUGAACACGGUGGAUGGCUUCCAGGGCCGCGAAAAAGAUGUGAUUGUGUUUUCAUGCGUGCGAUCGUCUAAGCGCGGUGGAAUUGGUUUCUUGCGUGAUAUCCGACGUCUUAACGUGGCCAUCACGCGUGCACGGUUUUGUCUCUAUUUGGUUGGCAACGUGAAUACUUUAGUUCGUGAUGAAACGUGGGCUGCUCUAGUCAAGAGUGCUCGUGAUCGCAGACUAAUCAUUCGAGCAGAAGGGGAGCCAUUCCCUACUGUGGCGAAGAGACUUGAAAGCGACAAAUAUCAAGAGUUAGCUGAACACUAUAAGGCGAUGCAUGAAAAAGUGGCCCAAAAGUCUGCAGCUACGGCGAAGCCGAUGAAGGAAAAGGUGAUAAAGACUGAGACUAUUAAGCCAGAGGUGGAGGCGAUCCAAGAGGUGAAGAAGGAAAUUGAAAGUGUGAAAACAAAUGAUGAAAUGGGCAGUGAACAUGAAGACAAGGAGAAGAAGACAAAAGAGCUCAAUGGGUCCGAGGACAAUAAAGUCUCCAUCAAAGGUGAAGUACCCCUACAGAAGCCACCGACUGAGAGCCACAAAAGACCCGCGAAAGAUUCUCCUAAUGAAGCGAGUUUUAAGAAGCCUCGCAUAUCUGUGACGGCUCCACCCACUGAAGUGGAUUUGCGAGGUCAAUAUGAGAUCCGAAGCUUUCAAGACCGUAGCAAGUCUUCGACGCCGAACUCGCGUCGACAUGAUGGCUACCGUUCUCAUGAGAGAGCUACUGAUCAGCAGACAGACUCUUUUCGGAGGGAUGGUGGACGCGCCAGAACCGACCAGCGUAGGACUGAGCACGAUUCAUCUAGGAGGGAGAUUCGCCAAGGAUUUCGCGACGACAGAGGCUCAUACGACAGGGAUCAGCGUAGGACUGAGUACGCGAAUUCUUCACGUAGGGACGUCCGCCACGACAAGCUCAGCAGAUCGCAUGACCACAGACGCUUAGGGCGAGACGAUAGAAGAACUGAAGGCACAAACCGACUGAGCAACCGAUACCGCACAGAUGAUCGUCGUGACCGCGAUAGCCGAAGCAGAUACUCACCUUCGGAAGGGCGAAGCACCUCUCGAUCUCCAUCUGCUUCGGUUGUCGUACCGAAGUCAAUCUCUGAGAAGGAAUUCUGUCAAGCAAAUGAGCCUCCUCCUCCGUCCAAGACAGACCGCGUGUGCUCCAGUACUCCGAGGAUGACAGGUAAACGGCCGCAUCUAGAGUCGAGGUAUCCACCACCGCAUCCUGAUCGUCGCGAUUGUGCCUCGUCAAGCAGAAGCAGCUAUCGGACGGUGACGAAUGAACCGAGCGCAAGCAGAAACCAUGUCAAAACUCCUACUGGUAGGAGCACCAACGUGCUGGGGAACAUCCUGGGCAGUGCUAAGAAUCUAGCAAGGUCCACCUCACGUGUGAACGACAAAACCAAUCCGCGUAGCUCCGAGUUCUCGUAACACAGGCGCAGUCUGCGCUCAGGAAUACAAGUGUACAUUACGCUAUCAUGUGCGUCCUGUGCGUUGGGCAUCAUAGAACAAAUGGCCU